CUCGGUAUACGACAAAAGAAGAGAAGAGAGAAAAAAAAACUAAUUCUGGUACAGAAGCAUAGCUAUACGCAUCCAAAGACAUACAUUAUCAAAUCUGUCAACUAAUGGAGUGAUUCGUGUGAAAAAGGACACCACAUUAAAAAAAAAUUGAUUCGUGCUUGUUUCCAGAUUAGUGGCAUCAUCGGGCGGAAAGACUACACCAAAGUGGGGAAAAGAUUGAAAUAAAUUUGCGUUACAGCCGUGGGAACGUUACGAACAUGGAACGAAUUAAUGAAGCUAGCAACGAUGGUCCGGGUGGCAAUGGUAUCGCCAAUCCGGACGCUGCACAACGUGCCCGAAACAACGCCAAUCCAAAUUGUGAAAUCAUCCGUGGUCAAGCUUUUGAAGUUGGUCCGAGAUAUGCGCAACUAGCUUACAUUGGCGAAGGUGCUUACGGGAUGGUUGUAUCGGCAUAUGAUGAAGUGACACAGACAAAAGUUGCCAUUAAGAAGAUUUCACCAUUUGAGCAUCAGACUUAUUGUCAGCGAACCUUACGGGAAAUCAAGAUUUUAACUCGUUUUAGACAUGAAAAUAUUAUAGAUAUUAGAGAUAUUUUACGGGUGGAUAGCAUAGAUCAAAUGAAGGACGUUUACAUCGUACAAGCACUCAUGGAAACAGAUUUAUAUAAACUAUUGAAAACACAACGUCUCAGCAAUGACCAUAUAUGUUACUUCUUGUACCAAAUUUUACGUGGAUUGAAAUACAUACAUUCGGCCAAUGUGUUACAUCGUGAUCUGAAGCCGAGCAACUUGCUGCUAAACACAACUUGUGAUUUGAAGAUUUGUGAUUUUGGUUUGGCUCGAGUAGCAGAUCCUGAUCACGAUCAUACUGGAUUUCUGACCGAGUACGUGGCCACAAGAUGGUAUCGUGCACCGGAAAUUAUGUUGAAUUCAAAGGGUUACACAAAAUCAAUUGAUAUUUGGUCCGUUGGCUGCAUUUUAGCGGAAAUGCUUAGCAAUCGACCAAUUUUCCCCGGGAAGCAUUACUUGGACCAAUUGAACCAUAUUUUAGGUGUAUUGGGCUCUCCAUCACAGGACGACUUGGAAUGUAUUAUAAAUGAAAAAGCACGAAGCUACCUCCAGUCAUUGCCAUUUAAACCAAAAGUACCAUGGACAAGGUUGUUCCCGAAUGCAGAUAAAAAUGCACUCGAUUUACUUGACCGCAUGCUAACAUUUAAUCCACACAAUCGCAUUACGGUUGAAGAUGCUUUGGCACAUCCGUAUUUGGAACAGUACUACGAUCCAGGGGAUGAGCCUGUUGCCGACAGCCCAUUCCGACUGGAUAUGGAACUGGAUGAUUUGCCACGCGAUGAACUCAAACGAUUGAUUUUCGAGGAAACAAUGCGCUUCGUCCAUUCACACGAGCCAGAUCAUGCUCCAGCCAUGUAAAUGCUAAAUUUUACUAAAUGCAUCAUAUAUAUAUAUUCGAACUAUACAAUACCAUUCUUCUAACCGCAUAAACAAACCACUUGUUAAAUUGUCGUAUAAUUUUUUUUUUCUUCUUCUUAGCAACGAUCAAUUGAUUCACUCAAUUCAAUCCGCAAAAAUAAUAUGAUGUGUGAAGUAUUCAAAGAAAUUGACAUGAACCUUACUGAUAAAUUCAUUCUCUUCUCGUUUGUUUCUUUCAAAAAUGUAAUUCUUUUGAUUUCAAUGUUAGUGAUGAGAAAAUCCAUUGAGAAAUGAAAAGAACACUAUAUAUAUAAAUUUGGAAAACGAGGAAGUUUUUGACUACAUUUUUAAAACUUAUUGUCUCAAAUUGUUAAAACACACACAUUUUUUUCUUCGAUGAUCAGCAAAUCGACACUAGUAAGCAACAAAGUGUAUCAUUAUCAAAAUUUUGUCCUUGAAAUUGUUUAAAUUUAUUAUAAUAAUAGCGUAAGUUGACUAAAAAAAAGUUAUUAAGAAAAAAGAAAAGAAAAAAAAACUAAGCACGCCUGUGUGCCCGUGACGUUUUUUGCCCAAAUUAAAUUCUUCAAACAAAUGUACUUAUUUCCA